AUGUCCUCUCUUUGCUCGGAGGUGGCCCCACCUGGGGUGCCGGAGGAAGUUGGCCCGGCCGAGGCAUGCCGAGUUGCUCUGCGAAAUCCCGAAGCUGGAUCGCACAGCGACAGCGAGUCGGAGAUGGAAACCCACUCCGAGAAGCGCGGGUUCCUGGGCUCAUUGCUUCAGGCCUGCAAACAUGCAGCCCGUCUGAGGACGCAGGUGCAGCACUUUGAGAAGGCUCUGCGGGCGGAGCGCAGCACGGCGAUCGCUGCCUACGCUCAGAAGUUGACGGCCUCCGACGCCGCAGCGAGCGAUCGGAAGGCUGCGAAGGUCGAUGGGGCUGUUGAGGCCAGCUUGCAGCAGCUCUGCCAGGCGCGCCUCCGCGCCCGCCGAGAGGCCGCCGCUCUGGCGCAGGUUCCUCAGGGAAUCCAGCUGCAGGUGUUCCUCGACCUGGUCGAGGAGAACAAGGAGUGGCUGGAGCUGCCCACCGGCCGCGGCAAAGGCCGCAAGAACAUGUACGACGUCUGCGCCGAGCUCGUCAUCGUGCACACGACCUGCGAGGAGAAGGUGCUGGUGCUCUCCGAGGAGGCCGCUCGCAAGCUGUCGGUGGCCUUGGAGAAGCAAAGCGAGGAGCGGCUCUUCGAGGAGGGCUCCCUGCAGUUCCGCAAGAACACCGUGCUCGAGGGCAUCGAGGUCGGCGCCUUCACAAUCGAGGGCGUCCUAUGCGAGGGUGGGAGCAUGCGGAAGGAUUACUGGGCCGACACCGAUCGGCAGCGGCGUUGGAGAACCGCCGCCGAGCACGGGCGGACAGCGCAGGAGUGUUUGGAGGAAGUGCAGGACGUGCAAGAGCUCCCGGAGGCCCUGUGCGGCGGACAGCUCGGAGAGGAGUCGGCGCGAAGGAACAAGGGCCUGCUGAAGAAGGCUGGGACGGCCAUCGUGCUCCGGAAAGGUGUAGCGUAUGCCGAGCUCUACGAUCCGGGUGAGUUUGCGCCCCUCAAUGCCUUCGUAUCCCACUACUGGGGAGAGGCGACUUUGGAAUUCAAGGCGUCUCUCCUGCUGCACGCCCAGAAGGUCUUCCCCUCCGACCCAGGAAAGAUGGUCUACUACAUCUGCACGUUCUGCAACAAUCAGCACUGCGUGGAUUUGGGGACCGACUGGCGCCAGUCGCCUUUCAACCGGGCCCUGGAGUGGGUCGCCUCCUGCUACGAGGAGUGCCAGGAGCCCAUGUACGGUGCCGUGAUGAUGUUUGACAAGGACUGCAGCACUCUGACGAGGAUUUGGUGCAUCUUCGAGAUCUUCCGGUGCAGCACCCUGGGCAUCCAGCUGGAUCUGUACACCUGCGACGGCCAGCUGUGCCGUUCCAGCCACGAGGCGCUGCUGACCCAGCUGAUGCGGGAGAUCCUGCAGAAGGUUCAGGACAUAGACAUCCGGUACUGCGACGCCUCCGAGCAGUCAGACAAGGUGAUGAUCGAGGCGGCCAUCGCUGAGCACCCGGGCGGCUGGACGGCGGUCUUCGGCACCAUCCAGCUCCAGGUGGUGGAUUUGCUCAGCUUCGCCGCCAUCCUGGCGGUCACACGAGACAAGCUCACAGGCCGCCGCAUCGACCCGGAGGACCUGGAGCUUCGGGACAUGCGGACCGGCGAGGUGAAGCUCUCCACGCAGGUCAUCAAGGAUUGCAUCCAGGGCGAGGGCCCGUCCCGGAUCCUGCUGACUGGGCCAGGAGGCUCCGGAAAGACGGUCUUCUCCAUGGAGGUCGUGCGUCUCGCCGCGGAGCUGGCAGGCGCCAACUCGGCCAGCAUUUUGCCGGUGCGGGUUCCUUUGGCCGAGCUGGCGCAGUACGCCGAGGAGGGGCAUGCUGGGUACCAGGAUCCCAGCCCCGACUUGCUGCAGCGCUGGGCGAAGCGCGCCUUCGGCCCGGACAGCCGGGAGCUGGACCGAGGCGACCGGCGGCUGGUCUUGGUGCUAGACGGCUUCGACGAGGCCGGCAAGGCCCGGCGCCGCAUCCUGGACUGGCUCCAGACCUGGCUGCGGGAGAACCUUCAUCGCUGUGCCUGCGUGGUGCUCACCAGCCGCCCUUCGGGCACCAGCCAGGUCCUGGACGCCUCGGGAGAGGCCCGUGAGCCGGUGCCCUCGCCAGUGCUGGGAAAGCUGUCGGAGAGGUACCUCCUGACACAGGACGUCUUCCCGCCCGGGUGCCACGUGCAGCUGUCGGACGGCCCGGGCAGUCCAGCCAUCAACAAAGUGGUCACAAGCGAGGAGGGCUUCCUCCUGCGAGUGGAGGGCCUGGACCUUGGGCCGGGAACCCAUGAGGUACCGGUGCGGCGCAAGGACCCGCGCACCAUCUUCUCGGCGACCGUCCUCAUCAAGCAGGACGAUGCUCCGCGCGCCUUGCUGCUGCUGGACCAGGCGCUCCUCGACGCGGGGGGCGACCCAGCCAAGAAAAAGAAGCUGGUCGUUGUCGAUGGCACUGGUCGACGAUGCCAGGAUGAGCGUGGAAAGUCUGAGGGUGUUGGAAUCGACAAGUGGGUAUGGCCCGUGCGCAUCUUCUACGUGCAGUCGAGCGGCGUAGGGGAGCUUGGCCGUGCGGAGGUGACGCUGCAGCAGGCAGAUGGCGCCGUCUUCCUCACUGGCGGUGUGGGUGUGGGCGACGUCGUCCGACUGGGGAGCCAGGAAAUCUGCCUGGACCCGACGGAGCGCUGCUGCGGCGUGUUCCUGGAGCAGGCUGUGGAGCAGCAACCGGCACGGAUGGUGGAGCUGAGCCUCCAAGCGGAGGUUUCUGCCUGGCUGCAGUUCCUUCCGCUGGAGCUGCUGGCGCUGCGGCCGGCAGCCGCCGCCAGGAUCUCAAAAUUCUCGGAGGCAGAGCUGGACACUUUGCCCGAAGCCGUGUGGCGCACGCCGCUGAUGGCCAACAUCCUGGGCAAGUUCCGGGAGGAGCGAGAGUACCAGGAUCUCGGCGCUACAGCCGAGCUGACGUUGAUGCGCUACUCCGUCGACAAGCUCUUGCAGCAGGCCGAAGUCCGCGCCGGCACCACGGGGCUUCGCUCGCUGAUGGGCCCCCUGUGCCUCCGCAAGCUGCAGAAUGGCCAGCGGCUUCUGGCGGAGGCCGACUUUCCGGUGGAGGUGGUCUUCCAGGAGGCCUUGCGCGGCCACCUGAACUUCUUCGAGCCGGUGGCUGGCCGCUCCGCGGUCCAGAUCUACCACCUGAGGAUGCACGAGUUCCUGGCCGCGGAGGCCUGGCAAGCGUCGAAAGAAGAAGUGGAUUUGAAAUCGGCCUUCCGAGAGGCGUCGCAGCAGCCGAUGCUGCGAGGCGCCCUGCGCUUCCGGCUGAUGCUGGCGACGGAGCACGCGACUUCGCUCGACCUCGACUUGGAUGAUCGGCUGGCGCCCGCGGACGCAGAGAGCUUCGAAGGACUCCUCGGCGGCCUCGAGACGCUGCGGCUUCGGCUGCCCGACAGCGGUGGUUUGGGCAUCGGCGACGCCGGCGCCAAAGGCCUGGCCUCGGCGCUCGGGCGCCUCGCCGGCCUCCGCGAGCUGGUCCUGGGCUUGGCGAACAACGGCAUCGGCCGGGAAGGGGCGCAAGCCCUGGCCGGCGGGCUCCGCCAGCUCUCGGAGCUUCGGAAGAUGGACCUUGACCUCAGAGGCAACCCGCUUGGCGACGAGGGAGCCCGCGCAGUGGGCGAAGGCUUGAGCCAGUGCUCCAAGCUCGAAGAAGUGACGCUUGAUCUUCAGCUUACUGGGAACGGCCCGGAAGGGGCGCGAGCUCUGGCCGGCGGGCUCCGCCAGCUCUCGGAGCUUCGGAAGAUGGUCCUUGGCCUCGACAGCAACCAGCUUGGCGACGAGGGAGCCCGCGCAGUGGGCGAAGGCUUGAGCCAGUGCUCCAAGCUCGAAGAGGUGACGCUUCAUCUUUACGCGGUUGGCCUCGGCCCGGAAGGGGCGCGAGCUCUGACCGGCGGGCUCCGCCAGCUCUCGGAGCUUCGGAAGAUGGACCUCCUCCUCAGCGGCAAACAGCUUGGCGACGAGGGAGCCCGCGCACUGGGCGAAGGCUUGAGCCAGUGCUCCAAGCUCGAAGAAGUGACGCUUUAUCUUCAGAGUACUGGUUUGGGCCCGGAAGGGGCGCGAGCUCUGACCGGCGGGCUCCGCCAGCUCUCGGAGCUUCGGAAGAUGGACCUCCUCCUCAGCGGCAAACAGCUUGGCGACGAGGGAGCCCGCGCACUGGGCGAAGGCUUGAGCCAGUGCUCCAAGCUCGAAGAAGUGACGCUUCAUCUUUCCGAGGUUGACCUCGGCCCGGAAGGGGCGCAAGCUCUGGCCGGCGGGCUCCGCCAGCUCUCGGAGCUUCGGAAGAUGGUCCUUGACCUCGCAAGCAACCAGCUUGGCGACGAGGGAGCCCGCGCACUGGGCGAAGGCUUGAGCCAGUGCUCCAAGCUCGAAGAAGUGAAGCUUGAUCUUCAGGUUACUGGUUUCGGCCCGGAAGGGGCGCGAGCUCUGGCCGGCGGGCUCCGCCAGCUCUCGGAGCUUCGGAACAUGGUCCUUGCCCUCGCAAGCAACCAGCUUGGCGACGAGGGAGCCCGCGCAGUGGGCGAAGGCUUGAGCCAGUGCUCCAAGCUCGAAGAAGUGACGCUUCGUCUUUCCGAGGUUGGCCUCGGCCCGGAAGGGGCGCGAGCUCUGGCCGGCGGGCUCCGCCAGCUCUCGGAGCUUCGGAAGAUGGACCUUGGCCUCAGCGGCAACCAGCUUGGCGACGAGGGAGCCCGCGCAGUGGGCGAAGGCUUGAGCCAGUGCUCAUCAAAGCUCGAAGAAGUGACGCUUGGUCUUCGGAGUACUGGUUUCGGCCCGGAAGGGGCGCAAGCUCUGGCCGGCGGGCUCCGCCAGCUCUCGGAGCUUCGGAACAUGGUCCUCCGCCUCAACGGCAACCAGUUUGGUGGAGAGGAGACGGAGCAGGAAAUCCGCGCCUUGCUGGAGGCGCUGCCCGCCCCGGAGAAAUGGUCGAAGCGCCUGGUGCGGCAAGGCAUCCGGCUCAGCAAGAACUGCCUGGAAAGCCAUGUGCUCUCUACCUACGGAGGUAACUCCACCUGGGGUGCCCGAGGAGGAUGGAAGAGGGGGCCGAGAGGGGCUUCUGGGGCGUCUGCGGUGUUGGACCCCGAAGCCUGCCAUGCCGGAGGGGGGGAUGUGGCUAUGAGGUAUGCCAUGUUGCUCUGCGCAAUCCCGAAGCCGGAUCGCGCGGCCCUCGGCUUGCUGCAAGACCUGCGUAUAGGGCACAGCGACAGCGAGUCGGAGAUGGAGACCGGUUCCGAGAAACGCGGAUUCCUGGGCUCAUUGCUUCAGGCUUGCAAAGGCGCAGCUCGGCUGAGGACGCAGGUGCAGCACUUUGAAAAGGCGCUGCGGGCGGAGCGCAGCGCAGCGAUCGCCUCCUACGCUCAGAAGUUGGCGGCCUCCGAUGCCGCAGCGAGCGAUCGGAAGGCUGCGAAGGUCGAUGGGGCUGUUGAGGCCAGCCUGCAGCAGCUCUGCCAGGCGCGCCUCCGCUCCCGCCGGGAGGCUGCCGCCCUCGCACAGGUUCCUCGGGGAAUCCAGCUGCAGGUGUUCCUCGACCUAGUUGAGGAGAACAAGGAGUGGCUGGAGCUGCCCACGGGCCGCGGCAAAGGCCGCAAGAACAUGUACGACGUCUGCGCCGAGCUCGUCAUCGUGCACACGACCUGCGAGGAGAAGGUGCUGGUGCUCUCCGAGGAGGCCGCUCGCAAGCUGUCGGUGGCCUUGGAGAAGCAAAGCGAGGAGCGGCUCUUCGAGGAGGGCUCGCUGCAGUUCCGCAAUAACACCGUGCUCGAGGGCAUCGAGGUCGGCGGCUUCACAAUUGAGGGCAUCCUAUGCGAGGGCGGGAGCCUGCGGAAUGACUACUGGGCCGACACCGGUCGGCAGCGGCGUUGGAGAACAGCCGCCGAGCACGGGCGGACAGCACAGGACGUGCAGGACGUGCAAGGGCUCCCGGAGACCCUCCGCGGCGGACAGCUCGGAGAGGAGUCGGCGCGGAGGAAGAAGGGCUUGCUGAAGAAGGCUGGGACGGCCAUCGUGCUCCGGAAAGGCGUAGCGUAUGCCGACCUCUACGAUCCGGGUGAGUUUGCGCCCCUCAAUGCCUUUGUGUCCCACUACUGGGGAGAGGCGACUUUGGAAUUCAAGGCGUCUCUCCUGCUGCACGCCCAGAAGGUCUGCCCCUCCGACCCAGGAAAGAUGGUCUACUACAUCUGCACGUUCUGCAACAAUCAGCACUGCGUGGAUUUGGGGACCGACUGGCGCCAGUCGCCCUUCAACCGGGCCCUGGAGUGGGUCGCCUCCUGCUACGAGGAGUGCCAGGAGCCCAUGUACGGGGCCGUGAUGAUGUUUGACAAGGACUGCAGCACUCUGACGAGGAUUUGGUGCAUCUUCGAGAUCUUCCGGUGCAGCACCCUGGGCAUCCAGCUGGAUCUGUACACCUCCGACGGCCAGCUGUGCCGCUCCAGCCACGAGGCGCAGCUGACUCAGCUGAUGCGGGAGAUCCUGCAGAAGGUUCAGGACAUUGACAUCCGGUACUGCGACGCCUCCGAGCAGUCAGACAAGGUGAUGAUCGAGGCGGCCAUCGCAGAGCACCCGGGCGGGUGGACGGCGGUCUUCGGCACCAUCCAGCUCCAGGUGGUGGAUUUGCUCAGCUUCGCCGCCAUCCUCGCGGUCACACGGGACAGGCUCACAGGCCGCCGCAUCCACCCGGAGGACCUGGAGCUGCGGGACGCGCUGACGGGCGAGGUGAAGCCCUCCACGCAGGUCAUCAAGGAUUGCAUCCAGGGCGAGGGCCCGUCCCGGAUCCUUCUGACUGGACCGGGAGGCUCCGGAAAGACGGUCUUCUCCAUGGAGGUCGUGCGGCUCGCCGCAGAGCUGGCAGGCGCCGACUCGGCCAGCAUUUUGCCGGUGCGGGUUCCUCUGGCCGAGCUGGCGCAGUACGCCGAGGAGGGGCAUGCUGCGUACCAGGAUCCCAGCCCCGACUUGCUGCAGCGCUGGGCACAGCGCGCUUUCGGCCCGGACUGCCGGGAAAUCGACCGAGGCGACCGGCGGUUGGUCUUGGUGCUGGACGGCUUCGACGAGGCCGGCAAGGCCCGGCGCCGCAUCCUGGACUGGCUCCAGACCUGGCUACGGGAGAACCUUCAUCGCUGCGCCUGCGUGGUGCUCACCAGCCGCCCUUCGGGCACCAGCCAGGUCGUGGAUGCCUCGGGGGAGGCCCGCGAGCCUGCGCCCUCGCCGGUGCUGGGGAAGCUGUCGGAGAGGUACCUCCUGACACAGGAUGUUUUCCCAGCCGGCUGCCACGUGCAGCUGUCGGAUGGCCUGGGCAGUCCAGCCAUCAACAAAGUGGUCGCCAGCGAGGAGGGCUUCCUCCUGCAAGUGGAGGGCCUGGACCUUGGGCCUGGAACCCAUGAGGUGCAGGUGCGGCGCAAGGACCCGCGCACGAUCUUCUCGGCCACCGUUCUCCUGGAGCGGGGCGAUCUUCUGCGCGCCGGAGUCCUGCUGCAGCAGGCGCUCCUCGACGCAGGGGGCGACCCGGCCGAGGAAGACGAGGAAGAUGAACUGGACGCUGUCCUUGUCGAUGGGACUGGUCGACGAUGCCAGAACCUUGGCACUGACGGCAUGGACCAAUGGGUGUGGCCCCUGCGUGCCUUCCUGGUGCAGCCGGGUGGCGACGGGGAGCUCGGCCGUGCGGAGGUGACGGUUCAGCAGGCAGAUGGCGCCGUCUUCCUCACUGGCGGUGUGGGUGUGGGCGACGUCGUCCAGCUGGGGAGCCAGGAAAUCCGCCUGGACCCGACGGAGCGCUGCUGCGGCGUCCUCCUGGAGCAGGCGGUGGAGCAGCAACCGGCGCGGAUGGUGGAGCUGAGCCUUCAGGCGGAGCUUUCCGCGUGGCUGCAGUUCCUUCCGCUGGAGCUGCUGGCGCUGCGGCCGGCAGCCGCCGCCAGGAUCUCACAAUUCUCGGAGGCAGAGCUGGGCACUUUGCCUGAAGCCGUGUGGCGCACGCCCCUGAUGGCCAACAUCCUGGGCAAGUUCCGGGAGGAGCGAGAGGACCAGGAUCUCGGUGCUGCGGCCGAGCUGACGCUGAUGCGCUACUCUGUUGACAAGCUCUUGCAGCAGGCCGAAGUCCGCACCGGCACCACCGGGCUUCGCUCGCUGAUGGGUCCCCUGUGCCUCCGCCAGCUGCAGGAUGGCCAGAGGCUUCUGGCGGAGGACGACUUCCCGGUGAAGGUGGUCUUCCAGGAGGCCUUGCGGGGGCACCUGAACUUCUUCGAGCCGGUGGCUGGCCGCUCUGCGGUCCAGAUCUACCACCUGAGGAUGCACGAGUUCCUGGCCGCGGAGGCAUCGGAGCAAGAAGUGGAUUUGAGAUCGGCCUUCCGGGAGGCGUCGCAGCAGCCGAUGCUGCGAGGCGCCCUGCGCUUCCGGCUGAUGCUGGCAACGGAGCGCGCGACUUCGUUCGACCUCGACUUAAGUGAAUCGGGCACUUUGCUGGCGGCCGUGGACGCCGAGAGCUUCGAAGGACUUCUCGGCGGCCUCGAGACGCUGCGGCUCCGGCUGCCCGACAGCGGUGGUUUGGGCAUCGGCGACGCCGGUGCCAAAAGCCUGGCCGCGGCGCUCGGGCGCCUCGCCGGCCUCCGCGAGCUGGACCUGGGCUUGGGGCGCAACUGCAUUGGCCCGGAAGGGGCACGAGCUCUGGCCAGCGGGCUCCGCCAGCUCUUGGAGCUCCGGAAGAUGGUCCUUGACCUGACAUUGAGCCCGUUUGGUCCUCAGGAGAUCCUCCUCCGCGACGAGGGAGCCCGCGCACUGGCCGAAGGCUUGAGCCAGUGCUCCAAGCUUGAGGAAGUGGCGCUGCAUCUUUCCAACACUGGCCUCGGCGACGAGGGAGUCCGCGCACUGGCCGAAGGCUUGAGCCAGUGCUCCAAGAUCGAGGAAGUGAAGCUUGAUCUUGAGAGUACUGGUUUCGGCCCGGAAGGGGCACGAGCUCUGGCCGGCGGGCUCCGCCAGCUCUCGGAGCUUCGGAAGGUGGACCUCAACCUGCAAGGGAACAAAAUUUGCGACGAGGGCGCCCGCGCACUGGGCGAAGGCUUGAGCCAGUGCUCCAAGCUCGAGGAAGUGAAGCUUGAUCUUUUCGGCAAUGGCCUCGGCCCGGAAGGGGCACGAGCUCUGGAAGGCGGGCUUCGCCAGCUCUCGGAGCUUCGGAAGGUCAACCUUAACCUGCAAGGGAACGAAAUUUGUGGAGAGGAGGCCAAGGAGGAAAUCCGCGCCUUUUGGGAGGCGCUGCCCGCCCCGGAGAAGGAGACCCUUCUCGGGUCUUGA